AUGAUCCCUGACAAGACGAUAUUGAUAAGCAUGUACGGUAAUGCCUAUGGGUGGCCUCGACAGUCCUGGCGCAUCGAUCCUGCCCCGAUAGCGAACGGUUUGCACCGGCCUUAUGACUCCCAACCGACAAUAUUCCAAAGAGGCCUUGUCGCCAACAAUACAUCGCCUGAGGAGCAUAGCGACCCCGCUGGCGUCUGCCACGCUGACCUCAGAUCACUUGGCAAACAGGAUGCUUAUCUCGACCUUGAUUAUGAUAGUCUCCUCUUUGUCGAUCUGGAUGGCAAACCUGUCGACGGUCGGACAUGCAACAUCAUCUACGAGGACGACGACCCACACUCCGAAGUGCGUAUCGUGCUUAACGAGAAGGGCAAGGUCGUGGACAUGUAUAUGGGCGACCCAGAUGCUGGCUUGUGGACUAGGGAGGCGCUUAAAAAUUCUAAUUGGGACAAGGUGACUGUUGAUCCCACCACCGUCACUGUCACGACGGGUGUUCCGGCGGGCAGCGAGCCCCGACCCACGUUCCCUGCGAGUACGACUGGACCCCAGACGAGAUCAGGAAGCGUUGUGACACCCGCGCCGUUUGCGUACCGUCAUUGA